AUGCCUUCAGCACGAGAACCAUCGGAGAAGAAGACCUCGUCCAAGACAAAAUCAGCAUCCUCAUCCGACAAAGCCCAAACCCACAAACUCCAACUCAAAGGCAGCUCCAAACUCGUCACCGAGUUCUUCGAGUUCGCCUGCAACACCAUCCUCUUCCAACGCGGUGUCUACCCACCAGAAGACUUCGCGCCCGUCAAGAAAUAUGGCCUCAAUAUGAUGGUCUCAAUCGACGACCAAGUCAAAGUCUACGUCAAGAAGAUCAUGUCCCAACUCAGUAAAUGGAUGCAGAAGUCGAAGAUCUCUAAACUCGUGAUUGUUGUCACCAGCAAGGAGACAGGCGAGCACGUUGAGAGGUGGCAGUUUGAUGUCAACAUCUUCCAGGACGAGAGCAAGAAGAAGCGCGCUACUGCGAGUGGCGACAAGGAGAAUUCUGUGCCCGUGGCAGAGGAGGGCCAGCCAGUGGAGAAGGAGAAAUCAGAGGGCGAGGUGCAGGCAGAAAUCCAGGCGUUGUUCAGGCAGAUUACGGCGAGUGUGUCGUUUCUGCCCAUGCUGGAUGGCAAUUGCACGUUCAAUGUGUUGGUCUAUGCGGAUGCGGACAGUGAGGUGCCGCUGGAGUGGGGAGACAGCGAUGCGAAGGAGGUCAAGAACGCAGAGAAGGUGAUGCUCCGGAGUUUCUCGACGAACUCGCAUCGCAUAGACACGAUGGUGUCAUACCGGUUGGCGGAUUGA